AUGGAGCCACUACUAGGAGCGAAAAUUAGCUCCCUAUUUGCCCUGCUGAUUAUCACCCUGAUCUGUGGCCUUAUUCCCAUCUGGUUCAAAUGGUCCCAGAUUGAGGCAACCAGAGGUAUAGCCCUUCGGCAUCUUUCCCCCCAUAACCUAACCUCCUGCGCUGCAUUUUCUGCCGGUGUUUUCCUGGGAGCAGGGUUCAUGCACAUGACUGCCGAGGCCCUGAAGGGAACUGAAUCGGAGGGCCACAAGCUCCCAUUGCGGAACAAGACAGAGAGUGAGGGUGCUGCUAAUUCAGCUGAUAUGGACUAUCCCUAUGGAGAACUCAUCAUCUCCCUGGGCUUCUUCCUCAUCUUCCUCUUGGAGUCGCUGGCAUUGCAGUGCUGUCCUGGAGCCAGUGGAGGAUCAAAAGUGCACGAGGAGGAAGUGGGAGCAGCUCAUGUCCUUGGACUCCACAGCCAUGGAUCUCGACCCUUACCCUCUCGGAGUCCCUUUCGAGUCCUCGUCCUCUUGCUCUCACUCUCCUUCCACUCGGUGUUUGAAGGGAUGGCUGUGGGGCUGCAGACCACAGUAGUAGCUACUGUGCAGCUGUGUCUUGCUGUCCUGGCUCACAAGGGGCUCGUAGUGUUUGGCAUAGGACUUCGGCUGGUGCAGACAGGCACUGCAUUACGAUGGGCUGCGCUCUGCAUACUGACAUUUGCUCUCAUGUCCCCCCUGGGCCUCAUCCUAGGGCUGGCUGUGGCUGGAGGAGACUCUGAAGAGGGAAACUUAGCCCAGGCUGUGUUAGGGGGGGUGUCAGUUGGGACCUUCCUGUAUGUCACCUUCCUAGAAAUUCUGCCCAAGGAGCUAUCUGGUUCUGAGUCCCCUUUGGUCAUGUGGUGCUGUGUAGUCGGUGGUUUUACCUUCAUGGCCUUUAUUGCCUUGUGGGCCUGA